GCAGGUAUAAAUUGAGAAGCAACCCGAGCAAAGGAACCCAUCACAGACCCAGAGGCAACAUGGCAGAAAAACGCUCUGGAAAAGAUUAUUACAGGAAGAACUUCUUUCCAAAGAAUUAUUUAAACAUGUACCUGACUUUUGUGUCUGGUGAUUCUUCGCAUUGCGGCACUGCACAAGCUCCCAUCCUGGACAAGCUCCACAAGGCAUUCGCAGAGGAUGGCAUCCAUGGAGACACCCUGAUUGACAUUGGAAGCGGGGCCUCCAUCCACCAGCUCCUCGCUGCCUGUGAGUCCUUCAAGGAGAUCAUCGUCACUGAUUUCCUUGAGCAGAACCGGGAGGAGAUGAAGCGGUGGCUGAUGAAGGACCCGGAAGCAUUUGACUGGACCCCGGUGCUGAAAUACGCCUGCCAGCUGGAGGGGGACAGUGAGAAGUGGAAGGAAAAGGAGGAGAAGCUCAGGAGGACCAUCAAGCAAGUCCUGCCUUGCGACGUGACCCUGGCCAAUCCCUUGGAUCCUUUGGUGCUCCCACCAGUUGACUGCGUCAUCUCCACUUAUUGCCUGGAAUCGGCUUGUGAUGAUCUUCCCGCUUACUGUGCAGCUGUGAAGAAUGUGGGCUCCUUGGUCAAACCUGGGGGCCACCUUAUCUUUGCAGUGGUUAUGGAGGAAACCUACUACAUGGUUGGCCCACACAAGUUUGAUUGCCUUUGGUUGACACCAGAAACGGUCAGAGAUGCUGUGGAAGGGGCCGGCUUUGAAGUCCUGUGGUCUCAGAGCCUUGGGUUCACCUUUCCACUACCAAUCUGCGAUGCCAAAGACUCCAUUUUGAUAGUGGCCAAGAAACCUAGUGAAUCCCUAGUGAAAGAACCAAAGCCAGUUAAAGGAACACCGUAA